AUGGCGUCCUCGUCGACGUCGCCCGACACCUUGGUCACCCUCAAGGUGAACAUAGACGGCAAUAGCCGCCGCUUCAAGCUUCCGCUUCGCGAUCUUGGAAUCAAUGUCCUUGAGAACAAGCUGCGGGGCCUUCUCUCAAUCUCCCCCGAUGCCGAGGCUGUUUUCGAGCGCUAUUCGGACUCGGCCGGAUCUUACGUUGUCCUCGAUCAGCUCAAUACUGCUGUCUAUAAGCAGCUCUACCGUGCUGCCAAGGCGAAGCAGAAGUUGAAGCUCCGCGUCACCGUCAAGGAGGUCAUCGCAGAGGAAGAGGAGAAGACCGGCCCCAAGCCCGCAUCAGUCGAGGACGAGGCUGAAGAGGUGGUGACACCCUUGAUCGAUUCGUCGGUCGACGCCCCCAAUGAUGCCGAAUCGCCCAUUAGCCUGCGUGAAGCUCUGAAGGAGUCGCUUCGCUCCAUUCCGUUGAACCCUGUGGCUCCGGAAGUGGCCGCCGCCCCUGUAUCGGCUGCUGCCAGCACCAUUCAUCGCUCAAACUACGCCGUGUGCUGCAACACGUGCGAGCGGACUAUCCCCGAUGUUCACUAUCAUUGCUCGACUUGUGAUGAUGGCGACUUUGAUCUUUGCCAAGAGUGCGUCGGCCUGGGUGUCACGUGCCACGGCAAUGAUCACUGGUUGAUCAAGAGGUUCGUCAAGAAUGGCGCAGUUAUCAACAGCACUACCGAGCGUAUUGCUCCAAAGUCGAGGGCGGCGAAGCCACCUGUUACUGGCGGCGACGCCACUCACGCCCCGGCUGCGGCCGCAUCGGAGAGGAUCAUUCCCAUCUUCAACGACUUCCUCUACUCCAGCAUCCGCACCUGCAACUGCUGCGUGCAGGAACUGCCCGAAGUUGAGUUUGUUCAUUGCACUUCGUGCGAGGACUACGACCUCUGCCGAGCUUGCUUUGCCAAGAACCGCCACGGCCAUCACCCCAAGCACGGCUUUGUGCCCGCCGUCGAGGGAACCCGUUUGGAGCAGGACGUGUCUCGCCGUCUCGCACCCGGCCGCAGCCAGCCGCACAAUGCAUUCUGCGACGGAUGCGAUGCGGCCAUCAAGGGCAUCCGCCACAAGUGCCUGGACUGCCCUGACUGGGAUUACUGUGCCAGCUGUGUGGUUAACGCUUCGUUCAUCCACCCCGGCCAUCGCUUUGUGCCUAUCUACGAACCGCUCGAGACUAGCGACGGCACUCGGGCGCGCGCCUUCUGCCGCGCCACGCACCCUGGCAUUUGCUGCGACGGCCCGCUGUGCGCCACCCAACGGAGCGGCGGCACCUACAUUGUGGGCGACCGCUACAAGUGUGCAGUCUGCCACGACACCGAUUUCUGCGCCAACUGUGAGGCGAGCCCGGCUAACACGCACAACCGGACCCACCCCCUUAUCAAGUUCAAGACCCCUGUCCGCCACGUCAGCGUCACCACUACCGGCGAGAAUGAGAAUGGCCGCCAGAUGCCGGCUAUGGGCGACCGCGUGCCACCUCAGUCGGCUGGUACCAGUUCCCGAUCGACCGAGACCACUAGCCCCAGCAUGCUUGCAACCAACGUCUUGACCGUCGUCGAUGUCAAGCCGUCCGAGCCAACCGCACCUGUUGAGGCCGAGAAAGAACUCGACGAAGAGGUGCCUGAAGUGCCUGAAGAGGAGCCUGUCGUUAUCGAAGAACCUGUUGCCGUCUUUGUGCACGACACUAUUGCUGAUGGUACUGUUUUCGGACCCGACCAUGUUUUCGAGCAGACAUGGGUUCUCCGCAACGAGGGUAAUGUUCAAUGGCCGGCCGGCUGCUCUGUCAAGUAUGUCGGUGGUGACUGGAUGGGUCAUAUGAACCCUACCCGCCCAGCUGCGACCGAGGACCUCGAGUCGUCUUCCGAAUCUAGCAUCUGCUACCAUACCAUCCUCCCUGGUGAGACGUUCCCCUUCUCGGUUCUGUUGAGGACCCCUCAACGCAACGGAAGGUUCGUCUCGAACUGGCGCCUCUCCACCAAGGACGGCCUCAAGUUCGGCCACCGCCUGUGGUGCGACGUUGUUGUUGAGCCUCAAGAAGUCCUCGGCCACCAAGUUGAGCCCGUUCAAGAAGUCGAGACUAUCGAGGAUGAGGCUAAGCAGGCCGACCCGGCUACUGCCCUUGAGCCAAGCCGGUUCACAUUCUUUAAGCUCGAUGCCGAGUCCCCGGUGUCUACUGUCCACGAGGACGCCACAUCAGAGUCUUCUCCCCACGAGGAAGACUACGAGGAUUGCGACGACGAGUGGGAACAGGAUGCCUCCGACGAGGGCUUCUUGACUGACGAGGAGUACGACAUCCUUGACGCCUCCGACGAGGAGUAUCUCGACGAGCAGCACAAACGGCUCCUUAAGAAAUAA